UGCCUUCCUCCGCCGAUCCAAAGGCAUAGCGCCGGCGCCACUUCGAAGGAAGAGAGAGGGGGAGAGAGAGAGAGAGAGAGAGAGCCGGCGACGACAUGGGCCGCGUUCGAACGAAGACGGUGAAGAAGUCGUCCCGCCAAGUAAUUGAGCGGUACUACUCUCGGAUGACGCUCGAUUUCCACACCAACAAGAAGAUCCUGGAAGAGGUGGCGAUAAUCCCUUCCAAGCGUCUUCGCAACAAGAUCGCUGGGUUCUCGACCCACCUUAUGCGCCGCAUCCAGCGCGGCCCCGUCCGCGGCAUCUCCCUCAAGCUCCAAGAGGAGGAGCGCGAGCGCCGCAUGGACUUCGUCCCCGACGAGUCCGCCAUCAAGGUCGACCAGAUCGUGGUUGACAAGGAGACGAUUGACAUGCUUGCCUCGCUCGGCAUGGCUGACCUACCCGGUGUCGAGAGGCAAACUGAAGCGCCGGCCGCCCCAGCGUACUCGUCCCGCCCCGGUGCCGGCGGAUACGGUGGCCGCAGGAACUAAGAUGGUAGCCUCUUUACUGGACCAAUUGCACUUUUUAUGUGUUUGCUUCUAUAUGGAUUUUGGAUUUGAAAUCUGGUAUUUUGGAUUUGUUUUGUUUUGUUUUGCUGUUUAGGAACGUUGGUAUCUUUGAUAUUAUGCUGUACUUUCUUAUUCCAAAUAUUGUCUGAGGUCAUAACCUUAUUGUCUUUUGCAUUUGUGGUGGUAGUUUACGCAUCUCAUAUUUCAAAUCAA